GGCUUAAAAAUUUUUUUUUUUUUUUCGACGAUAUUUCAAAGCAAAAUGGACGGAUUAGUUUGUAGUUCGGUUGUUACCGACUUGCACGAUAUCUUCACCGAUCCCGUUUGGUUCAAGAAUUCCGAAUUGGUGGCGUCGUCUGCUCAUCCCCUCCAGCAGCAACAUCUUCACGUGCAUCACCAGCAACAACAACCGCAACAUCACCAACAGCAACAGAUUCAACAGCAACAAUCGGGCCAUCAUCAGAUCCAUCCCGACUACAGCAACACUCAUCGAUAUAACAUGGCCGAUCAGUUUCAGCCGCACACGCCGAGCUUUGGUGACGAUGAGUUCGAUAUGGGAUCCCUGGGCCUGAUGGGCGGAGUGCCGAUUGCCGAGCAACAGCAUCACAUCCAUCCGCACCAGCAACAGCCGCAACAGACGCAACAACAGCAGCAGCAACAGCCGCAGCAGGGCAUGUACCACGGCAACCCUUCGGCCGGAGGUGACAUGUCGUCGCACUAUCCGCUCUACAAUCCGCACGCCAUGUCCGAUGGAGGAGGUUACACGCUGCAGACGUUGGGGUCGCCACCGGCCAACAAUCCGAUGGCCUCCGUCAACAGGUACUCGCCCCAGCAGCAGCAGCAACAACAACAGCAACAGCAGCAGCAACAACAGCAGCAGCAAGUCGGCCGGAUCACCGUAGAGUGCCGGCCACUGCAGACCGAAGCGGACAUGCACAGGAUCUCUGCCACGACGAUGGCACCACCUAACUGGACAGGCCCGGCUAUGAUGCCCGGAGUCAAUACCUCGCCGCUAGGCUCCAACGUUUCGGCCACUCCGCCCAGCGGCGAUACUAGCGAGGAAAGUGGCGACGAUUGCCAUUCCAUCACACAGAUUAAUGCCAAUAAACGCCCGUCUCCUGAGCCCAUUGAGACGAAUAGCGGCCGUGCGGGAGGUGGCCAAGCUGCUGCCAAGAAAGCCAAAGUCACUGCGGCCAAAAAGAAGAAGAGGAGGGAUCCUCACGAGCCUCAAAAGCCCGUUUCAGCGUACGCCCUGUUUUUCCGAGACACUCAGGCCGCCAUCAAAGGCCAGAAUCCCAACGCGUCGUUUGGCGAAGUCUCCAAAAUUGUCGCUUCCAUGUGGGACGCCCUGGACGCGGAAUCCAAGAACGUGUACAAAAAGAAAACGGAAGCGGCCAAAAAGGAAUAUUUGAAAGCGUUGGCCGCUUAUAGGGCCAGCGUCGUGUCGAAGGAGGGCAACAACGGCCCAGGCAACAACGAAAGUGUUCCAAUGUUCCAGGCUACGAACAAUGCGCCGACGGCGCAGCAACAACAGCAGAACGUGGCGGCGCAGAACUUUGCCAAUUAUCAGAGCAAUUACAACAUGCCACCUCAGCAACAACAGCAGCAACCGCAGUACACGGCGACGAUGGCCGUCACUUCUGCGCCGAUGCCCCAACAACCCGUCUCCCCCAUGUCGAAGAAGCCAUCGCCAUUGUUGAACUCCCUCAUGGUCGAUCAGCAACAACAACAGCAGCAGCAGCAACAGCAGCAACUUCAUCUACACCAACAACAAAUGCAGCAACAACACCAACAGCAGCAGCAACAGAACAUGUUGAAUUAUCCAAUGCAGAACAAUCGACCGGCUUACAUGAAUCAACAGCCGCAAAUGAUUCAAAAGACUGCACCUCAUCAGGUCCAGCAGGCCGGAAUGAAUUAUUCACCUCACAUUAUGCAACAACAACAACCUAAUCAGCAACAGUCUCAGCAGCAGCAGCAACAACAACCGCAAAGAGUACAACAUUUAAAUCAGGUCACAGGUACCGGCAAACCUGGCCCUGGUACCAACGUACACCCACACUGCAUCCGCUCCGGCUGUCCCAACGCGGCCAUCUCCAGUCCCGACUGGGAGAACGAGUACUGCAGCAACGAGUGCGUCGUCAGCCAUUGCAGGGAUGUUUUCUCUGCGUGGGUGGCUUCCGGCCAAGGUGCCCCACCCGGUUAUCCACCUCCGGUCAAGUAAAAA